CGUAAACCCUAAAAAGGCUUCUUCCGCCAGUCUCCUCCUCCUCCCCCUCCCAUGGAAGCCAUUGCUGCCGCCCUCGUCCUUUCCACGUUUGCAGCACAACAACGAGAGUUCCUGUAGCCGAAGGGUCCUCUCAUUACGCCUCUCCCUCUCUCUCCCUCUCUCUCACUACUCUACCUGUGGCUGGCUGUUGAUGGUGGUUUAGGGUUCCGAGCCGGACUGAGUGUUGCGACGGAGCUGCGCGGACGGUUUUGGGUGGGUCUUUUUCCUUCUCCCACCAGUGAAGGGAAGCGCUGUGAACUUGGAUGUGGCUGCGAUAUUCGUUUCUUGACCUUGAUUCUGGCUGGACAAUGGAGAGUUUCUGGAGGCGGCGUCCCGUCGCCAUCGCUUUCACCGUGUUGCUGGCGACGAUGGUACUGCUCGCGGUUGCGGUUAUUGGAGGAGGUGUGAUCGACGGGCACUGGCCAUUUCAGUCGAGUCUAAUGGCUUCUAAGGGAGACAGGCUGAGGAAAUCUGCACUGCACCGGAAGCUACUUCGUCUCGCAUCGGCCAUGGAGGAACCGAACCGGAUGUGGGGGGAGAGAUGUAGCAAGGCGGACGUAGUGAUCAGCCAAGGGCCGACGUCCCCGCUCCCCAGCGGCAUCCCCACCUACACCGUAGAGAUCAUGAACGCGUGCGUGACCGGGUGCGACAUCUCCCGCAUCCACCUCAGCUGCGGCUGGUUCAGCUCCGCCCGCCUCAUCAACCCGCGGGUCUUCAAGCGCCUCCGCUACGACGACUGCCUCGUCAACGACGGCGAGCCCCUGGCCAACGGCGACACCCUCUCCUUCCAAUACGCCAACACCUACUCUUACCCUCUCUCCGUCUCUUCCGUCUCGUGCUCUUGAGGGGAAGGGAAGCGGGGGAAGACGACGACGUCCCGCGUCGACGACAGUUUCGGUGUUCAUAGGAUACGGCCUUUUAGUUUACUUGCUUUUGGUUUUGUAACGUUUGUUGGUGCCACUGACUUUGUGGAGCUAGUUGCUUUGUUUGCAUGGUGGUUGAGCGGUGAAUACUGAAUAGGAUUCACCUUGUAUUUUGGUCCGGGCGUGGAGUAGGCUCUAGGACACGGCAGAACGUGCUGCCGGAGCUUACGAUGAUCUUUUCUGUUUCGCAACGAUGCCAUUUUGUGGGGGGCGCAGAGUGUAAAUAGCUUGAAACAAGAACACGUGAUUACAGAAUGCUGUCUGGUUUGCUGAUG